UGUCGGAGAUACGGUCUCCAUCUCCUCUGACAUGGCCACCGGGAGAGAUUUUUCCACAUCUUGAAGCCAAUAUAAGGGCCGGAGGCUGCCCACAUCCGCACUCGCUGCGGCUCCCUCUCCCCAGGCACCAUGAAAACCGUGGCAUUUCUGGUGGUGCUGUCCAUCUUUGGAGCACAAUCUCAGGCGGAUGAGGCUUUUAACAUCUUCAGCCCAGGCAACAGUGGCGGCAACAUCCAGGAGACGGUGACCAUUGAUAACCAGCGGAACACCGCCACCAUCAACGUCCACGCAGGAGCCUGCUCUUCCACCACCAUUUUUGACUAUAAGCAUGGUUACAUUGCAUCCCGGGUGCUCUCCCGAAGAGCCUGCUACAUUCUCAAGAUGGACCACAAAGCCAUCCCUGCACUGGACAAACUCCAACGGUACAUCUACGAGAAGCAGACGAUGAACACCAUGGCCUCCAGAGAGUACACCUGGGUCCGGUACAACCCUCUGAAGUCCAUGCUCAUGAAGGUGGACUGGUUCCUGUUUGGGUCACCUAUUGAAAAGCUGUGCAAGGACAUCCCCCUGUAUGAGGGGGAGGUGGUUACAAAGCCGCCAAAAGAGGCAAACACUGGAGCCUGUGCAAAGGUGGGGCUCCUGGGGCUGCUGGGAUUCUCCAUCUGUGCAGGAAUUCACAUUUAGGAUGGUGCAUCUGCUGGCUUCACCUUUUCAAAGGAACACACCUGUGGGUUCCACUCAGAAGCCAAACUAAAUUCUUCCCAACAUUCCAUCUACUUAUGAGAUUCAAUAAUAACACA